UAAGCUAACAAUAGUAGCCCUUCGCUUCGAUAAACACUCCUCCAGAAUCUCGAGGAGCGAUAUUGACUUUUUACAAUUUAACGUUUGACAUUACAUCAAUUGUCUGAAUACUAGGAAUCUUUUUUCUUGAAGGAUAUGUAUAGAUUCAACAUAUCUGCACCGGGAACGGUAUUCUUACACGGAGAUACCGUGUUGGGAUACAAUGGACCUUGCAUAGCAGCUGCCUUAGACAUACGUACCAAGCUCCAAUUCUCUUCGCUACCACCAAGAGUAGUACCGAACGAAAUUAUCAGAAUAGAGUUUCAGAAUCUGGAAUUACAUUUGGACAUACCUUUAGAGGCAUUUUUCGAACACUUUUAUGAUCAAAAUAUCAUUCGUAAAUUUUCAUGUUACGAAUUAAGAAAUGUGAUAGAAAUGUUUAUUGAAUCACUAAACAUUAAUAAUAGUACUUACGAUCCCAAGAAUGAGGAACACAAGCUAUUUUUACAAGCGUUUUUAUAUCUGCUCAUUCGUACAGCUUACGAAGAAGAAAUGGAAAUAACAGCUUCUAUUAUUGUGAAGCUGUGGACGGAUUUGCCGACCAUAAAGGAUCUGGGAACUAGAACAUCCUUCAUAGUGUGCCUCGCGGCGUGCUUUUGGCGUUGGUCGCUUCUGCAAAAAGGCGUUGUCCGUUACAAAUUUGAUAGCGAAGAUCAUACGGAAAUCAAGCUAUAUGCUUGGAAUUGCGAGGAGAUGAUAUACAACUCCCAGAGUACGAUCAAUAAUUUUGUAUCCGUGUAUGGCACAAUAACGGUGUUUGAAGAUGAAAACACUGCGUUCACGUUGGAUGGAAUGCGACCUAUGAAAAUCCUGAUGAUCGACUCAAACAUUAAUCAGAAAAUGGAAAUGAAUCAAACAGAAGAGAUGAAGAACUUAUGUCCAUGUGUAGAUUCAAUUAUGAGUAGUAUCGCUGCUUUAUCGAGUAUAUCUGCCGAAGCGAUCAAUGAGAUUUUCGAAAAAUCAUUAAUUAUAUCUAAAAAUGAGACCAAUUGGUUUCGUCUGUUACCGCUGGAUAGCUACAAAACAGUAUCGGCUUUCAUCAAUGUAAAUCAAGGUUUACUGAAGGGACUAGGCAUGUCGAAUGGAAAUAUAGAUAUUAUUUGUACAAUUGUGCGAAAGUAUUCACUCGGAUGUAAAAUCACGGGUAAUGGUAGAUAUGUGUUCAUUCUUCUAUUACCAAACAGCACGGACAUGGUCAUCACUAAGCUAAAAAGUGAACUCACAUAUCACAAUUUUCGCGUCGUGGAAACCACUAUGUCUUGUGACGGAAUUAGGGUUGAAUAACUUGAAAUUACUCACUAUGAGGAUUGUGAACUUUGUCUGAUAUUACAAUAUAAAUUAAUUAUUAUAUUCAA